AUGUUUUUCCAAAGUGGUGGUGACGCCGAUGUCCAUGGCGGCACGAACAUGUCCACUGAGGACGACUCAGACUUACUGGUAUUCGGGUAUGGCUGCCGCCUGUUUCACAAUGAUGCCGCCGCCAAGAUGGUGAACCGUGGCGAGACGUUGAUCCCGUGGCAAGGUGAUAACUCCCUUCUCAUCGACAGGUACGAUGGCCGUGCUCAUUUCUUCAGCGCGUCUGAAUUCUUGCCCACCGUACCGUCGCGGGAAAUCAGCUGGAAGCAUCCCGACGCGGACAUUGAGCGCCUUCUCGAAGAGGAGAGGUACCGAGAUGCCCGCGCUGAUGCCAUGGAGCGUCGUGUGGCAGAGGAGGAGGUGCAGAAGCGUGCACUACUGCCUCUGACCAGGUACUCGGAGCAAGCUCCCGCCUACGACACGCCACCAGAACAAGCUACGCCGCCCGCUGGUGCUGGUGAUCAGGCUGAUCAGAAUGUCCAAGAAUCAGUCAUCUCGCGCUUGGCCAGUACGAAAGCGAAGCCCGCACCGUAUGCACUGGCACCAGCGUCCACCGUAUCAAAGGUGGCAAGCAGUGGCGAUUACCCAGCAGAUGAUACAGCAGCUGAUGGUACUAGCUCUGCACAUGCGACUUCACCAGCCUCAUCAUCGGCUGGCGUGGAGGAACAAACACCAAGUGAGCCUGGUGAUGCUGCAACACCACAGGAAUCAGCGGAUACUGAUGCUGCUGAUGCGGAUGCUGCUGCUGCUGCUGAUGCUGCACAGCGUGCAUUGUUUGUACCGCCCGAAGGCCUGAAGAUACCGUCCGGAACAGAAACGCCAAGCAGUCGCAGAAUACUCAGUUCCAGUUCCUGGACUUUGGUCACCCCCUCAACGCCUACUACAAACUACUUGAAGAAUAUUGCCAGUGGUGUGUAUCGACCUGUUGCUGAGCAGCUGAAGGAUGACCAACAGAUGGGAUCCUCCAUCAAAGGGACACUGGCACAGCAAGACUUUCAGCCAGUUGUAGUUCACGCCAAACCCGUCGGCAGUAGCGGUGGAAGUAACAAAGCGGAGAAGAAAGGCAACGCAGCGAACAAUGACACCGCGUCCACCGACAGUAACACGGAUGGCCGCAGUAGUGACGACGAUGACACCGACAGUGAAGAGGACGAAGGCUUCAGCGGUCUUCACCCCAGCCUGUUUGCCGCGUCGCACCGUCCCGCAACAACAACAACGCAACAAUCUGCCAAGCCCAAGCAAGCACAAGCGCCGGCGUCCGCAUCGAGAACGGCCGCCAAACCGAAGCCGGUGUCCGCUGCUGUUGCCGCUGCAAACACGCGCAAAGAGGCCAUAGCCCUCGUGGCAGCCAAGCGCAAGAAGUCGGCAUCUGAAUCGGAUCACGCUGCGAAGCGCGGUGACACGGUCUCUCCCCGUGUUGAUAGCGGCGCACCGCAGAAGAAAAUCAUUACGGCAAAAGAUCUCGUCGCAAUGCGCCUCGCCGCUGCCACCAAUCCACUCGCUCGGCCCACGGUGACCAAGAUGGUUCCCAUAGCGACGGUCGGCGAGGUGACACGCGACGUGAGCACGGCCCCGAGUAGUAAUCGCCAUGGUGACAAUGGUAGUGGUGGUAGUCGUGACAGCGGCAACGUGUUCUCGUCAGCACCUGAAGCAGAGUCGAUGUCUGCUGCGUCUCCAAGGCGACGGUGUGACGGUGAUUGGCCUGAAUUGGGAAGCGGCGACAGGACACCGGAAGCAGUGACAAGUGAUCGCCAUGGCAUUGGCGAAGACCACCGCCAUGACGGCGACGAUGAUGACCCUCAAGAGGAGGAGGAGGAUGUGGACGGCGAAGACAUGCUGGAGGAGUGGCCCACUCGAGACAUGCUUGCGGCGGUGGCGGAGCAAGAAGCAGCCGAUACCUCGUCCGGUGUUGCUCCUUCCCACAGUGGUGGUGCUAAUGGGUGUGGGCAACAGCAACAGCAACAGCAACAACAACAGCAGCCAUCAUCAUCACAGCAGAGUGGACCGGGCAGUGGUGAUGGUGGUGGUGGUGGUGAGUUGAGUAGUAGUCUUGCUCCGCAGUCUGUGUCUAACCCUGGUUUCUCACAGGCCGGCGGCGGCGGCGGUGGGGGCAAUGGCAGCAGUGGCAUGACCUACCCGGGACCAUCGGCAACCCCGGCCGCGUAUCAGUAUCCAGUUUCGGCUGCCGCCGCUCCUACACACGCUCACAAUUCCUACGCCUAUGCGCAGCAGUACGGCUCUUACUACGCGCAGCAGCAGCAACAACAGGCGGUGCACAUGAGCGCGGGCAGUCAGGGCGUGUCGUUCCCGGGAGCGGAUCCGUACGUACUGGCCGCCAUGCAGGCACCGCCACCGCCACCACCGUCGGACGACGGCGGCGUUAGCUCUACUAUCCCUGCAAGUACUGCAUGCAUGUGGCCUACACAGCAGCAGCAACAACAGCAGCAGCAUGCAAUGAUGGCUGGUGGCGUGAUGCCCGGGCAUGGUCCUGCCGUAGUGUCAGUCAACCUGCCGUUUGUUCCCCCGCCGCCUCCCGACGACGAAGACGAAGAUUAUGAUAAUGAGUCAGUAGCCAGCCCUGCUCUUCCCGACUCCUGUCCAGAUGCCCCAACGGAGGACGAGAUCAGAAUCGUUAUUGACAAACUGGCAGAGUAUGUCGCACGCAAUGGCCGCGAUUUUGAGAAAUGCGUUGUGGCCAAAGGUGAUCCCAAGUUCAGCUUCUUGCGUCGCCGCAACCCUCUCUACCCGUACUACGCCUGGCGGCGUCGUGACCAGCAGCGUGAGCUGGCUAAGCAGGCCGCCAGGGAAGCCAAACCGCUCAGCUCGUCCAAGACGAAAACCAGCUUGGGCACGGUCAGCUUCAAGCUGUUCAAGAAGACAAACACUGCGUCCAGUGGCCUGCAACCGGGCGUGCAGUUUUCUGACGAUGAUAGUGAGGAGGAGGUUGAGGAGGUUGAGGAGACGGCCGGCAGCUCUGAGCGGAAGGAGAGGGGAGCAGAAGGAAAUGAGCAGCAGGAGCCGGUCUCACUACCGCAUCAACACCAACUGCACCAACAAAUCCCAAUGCUCGGUGCUUACCCAAGCUAUCACGGCAGUGUUGCUGCAACAGGUUCUAAUGCUGAAGCACGGCCAUCCGGUGUCAUGUUGAAUUCCUCAUCGUCAUGGUUACCACCAGCCGGCCAACCAGGUCACCAGCACACACCCAUGGUGGAAGAAGAUGGCACAGGGCCUGGUGAAGAUUCUGCGGCGGCUGCGUCGUCGGAUAUUCAAGCAGAACGUCGGCGGCGGGCGUCUGCCUUCAAGCAGCGUAUGCUUCGUCAGCAGCAGCAGCUGCAGGAGGGCGGUGAGCAAGAGCAACUUGCAUCCUCCGACAACACCGGUGCUCCCGAAUUCCCCAUCAGCGCCGCGUAUUCCGGCUACGGGGAAAACGAUCGUAGCAGCAGCGAAUCACAUCCCAGAAGUCAUGCAAUGGCUGCAAGAGUUGCUCACGCGGACGCUAUGGGGGGCUCAGUGAUGAUGUCCCCCCGGGUUGAUGAUGGUGUGCGUGCCGAGCGAUCUGUAUCGUCGGUACCAUGGCAACAGCAGAGUCAUCCUGCUGCCGUCACGAUGCAUGCCGAUGGGGAGGUGCACCAUGACCACGCGAGUCGGCCGCACGUCCCCAGUGGUGCUGAGCGACACGCUCCACCGCCGAGAGCACCACCGCAGCAGGCACUGCCUCGCUUCCCGGCACCUCCAGCCAUGUCACCGUCCAUGCCUCCACCUGUGGGGUCUGCACGCAUGCAGCUGGCAGCACCGCCGCCUCGCUAUCCUCAAGCAAACCAGACCGUGCCGCCGCCACAUCACCAGCACCACCACCAGCAGCAACACUCGCUGAGUAGACCCCCUGCUGCAUCCGGCGCCGUCCCGCCACUGUCCUUUCCUCCUGGUCAGCCACCGCGGGGGCCAUCUCUCGGUGCUCCACCACCUCUUGCUCCACCGUCGUCGUCGGCGACCACCAAUCUCUCCGGGCAGCAGUCUUCGUUUCCGCCACCGUCGUCGUUGGCACAGCACACGUUCUCUGCUACGUCGGCAUCGCCCGCCUGGGCAGCGUCUGUGCCGGCACCUGGUAAUCACCCGCCGCCAUGGCAGCACCCACCAGCACACACUGUACCACCAUCGCAUGGGUUACCGUCAUCAUCACAAUCUUCAGCAAUGCCAGCCGGUGUAUCUAUGUCACCGGUCGUGACCGCUGCUCCGCCACCACACUUAGCGUCCUCCUCCUCCUCCAGCGCUCCCCAGCCUGUGCACGUGCAAACACCAACGGCGGCAGCUGCUGCUCCCGUGACACGGACCCCGCAGAUAUCCGCAGCGCCCGUGCGCUACGACACGAAGAAAAGCUAGAUAUACUGACCUGGCAUCCUGGGACGACAAAGCCGCCCCCCCCCCCCCCCCCCACACACGCACAUGUGCAGGCCAUCAUGGUGUUGAUUGAGGCUAGUCAAGCCAUUGUACUUUUUUUGCCAGAUGAGAAUCCAACCCCUGCAUCACAGCUUGCACUGGGAGUAACGCUAUGCAAGGGUUGCAGGAGUUGGAUUUUAUACGCCAAUCAAGCUCUAUUCAAUUAUCCCAUUGUGUUAAAGUUUGUUUUCAGCAAUGAUCUGCAGCUGGCUGCUCUUCACUUGUUAGUUGAAAGGUACUGUCGUGUCCUGCCCUUAUCACGGAGCCCUGAAAACCGGUUUUUCUGACCUCCCUGUUUGCCGCUGUAAGGAACAGCAACCUCCAUUUUUUAUUCAUUGCAGAUGCCAUAGGGUUGUGCUUCUGAGUUCUCGUUGUGUUGUUUCAAUGUUCCAGAAAGAACGGUCUUCUUGUGGUGUUGUCUCUGCUGCUGGUCUUGCAGUUGCUGAUGCAGAUGUCAGCGUUGUUGCUACGA